GUGUGUAAUCAGGUUAAAAGGUCAAUGUCAUUCAUUUGUCAUAUCAUUGAACUGUCCACUAGAACACAGUUGGCACCAUCAAUAUAAUAUUUUAAUAUCUAUACCUAGAAUAAAGAUUUUUUAAUAAUGAAUUAUACAGACGAAGAACCUUCACUUGAACUUUACCAUUACUUAUGUAACAUUGUUGGUUCCGAAGUUGGUGUGAAAACAAGACGAGAUAUAUAUACGAUAUUGGACUUUGUUCAAAAUGGUAAUGGGGUGUUAACCGCUAUAAGCAGUGGAAGUAAAGCAGAAGGUUUAGAUCUCAAAGGCAGUGAUAUCGAUAGAAUGUUAGUUAUCAAAUUUUUUCGGGUAUAUGAGAAUAUCAAUAAUGUGAUGAAUUGUCCAUUACAUGCGUCUAUUUUAAUGGAAACAACUGAUACAAAACCUUGUUUUACAAAAUUGAAGGUGUAUCCCAUAUUUAAUAAAAUACCUUUUUUUAAUAGAAUGCUCGAUACCUUAGGAGAAGAAAUAUUCAUUUCAAGCAAACGUUUUAGGGAAUCCUAUUUAAUACCUGGUGCUAUUAUACAUGGUCCUUGUGUAUCUGAUCCAGAAGAAACAUUUGAUAACGCAUUAAGUUUCCGAUGUAAAGAAUGGAUAUCAUCAGCUCAACCGUGGAUUAACAGACCAAGAUUUACAUGGCCAGAUAACAAACUUGUAACGUCGAUAGUGCAAUAUGGUGUUCUGUUUGUUCCAAUUGGACCUAAACAUUCACCUUACGAAAACCUAGAAUGGCGAAUUUCAUUUUCCAUGGCAGAAAAACAAUUGAUUUAUUCCUUUUCACACACUCAAUUAUUGUGUUAUGCGUUAUUAAAAAUUAUUCAUAAAGACAUAAUCAAACCGAAACAUGGUGAUCUUAUUUGUUCAUAUUUUCUCAAAACCAUACUGUUUUGGUUAAGUGAAGAGCCAUGCCCUUCAGACUGGAAACCCGAAUCAUUUUUUUCUUGUUUUCUGAACUGUCUUAGACGAUUGAUUUACUGUGUAGAAAACAAAACAUGUCUUCACUAUUUUAUCCCUGAAUACAACCUCUUUGAGGAUAGAUUUACUAAUGAACAACAAAGUAUAUUACUGAAUACGUUGCAGCUUAUAUAUAUUUCACCAUGGAAUGCCAUUUUUAAUACGUCGACCUUUCAAGAGUAUAAACUAGAUUCUAGAAAUGCGCACAAGUUCAAACUUACAGCUUCUGCAUUGCCAUGCAUCAGUUAUUUUGGUCAUAUUUAUGAUUUUACCUAUACUGUUUUCAAUCUAUUUGAUUUUAAUCCAAUGAAGCGUGCUUUAACAUGUUGUAUUAAUUUUCCAGACAAAACAUUAAGAAAAUAUGCGAUAUCUGCGAUUUCCAAUCGAUACAUACAAUCACAUUUCAAAUUCAUAAGUAAUAACAAAUUGUUCUACAAACAAAACUAUUUUAUAAUAGGAACUGUCAAGAUUGCAUUAUCUUCCGAUGUAUUGAGCUCAUGGAUAUUGUUUGCAUCCUAUUUGUAUCAAUGUAAACGUUUCAAAGAAUGUAUUUAUAUAAUAAACUACUGCUUAUCUGAGUGUACUCCAGAUAAAAUAUUACUACAUUUAACAGGUCGUCAUUACAGCUUGGAACAACAGACAGUUUUCGAGAUAAUGCAUCGGAGGGUUGGUUUGAUAGCGGCGUGUAAAAAUCUUAUUAACCCGGGAAUUAUUUUUUACUAUCCAUUUAUUUUACUUCCGAUAGAACUUACAAGAUUACAAACAAGGUUGGCCAUGAUUUAUGUACCUUCUGUUGUUUACUGUCAUGUAUUAUUAUUUUUAUGUUUUCAUCAUCUUCGAGAUUACAGAGGGAAAUUAACUGCUCGUCGUAAUCUCGAACUCACAAUUAGAGAACGAUACUUGGUUAGCCAUACUGACACCACAUUCGAAACAGUGUAUCGAUGCCUGGAGAUAGUAAAGGCAUUAUUAUAA